UGCAGUGGAACAUGCAUUGGCUUUUUGUUCUUGCAAUGAUACUCACCCUGUUGCACCAUUCAACUGGCAGUCCCAUUAUGAACCCAACAAAACCAAACAUCUCUGAGUCUGUGACUUCCCCUGCCCUGGAGGCAGGCUCUGGUGGGACGAAUAAAGAUGAGAAACCUCCCUCCUCCCCUAAGACCUCCGCUUGGACUGAGCAAAAGAUCAGUAACCGAAUCUCUCAGACCUUGGAAGGCUCAUUCAUGUCCUUAACACAAAUUAUGGAAAGUUCUGGAGAUGGGAGUGGAUUUCAAGAGGGGCAUAAUGAGUUGAAACAAGGGGUGGCACCCUCUAUCAGUGUUCUGGAAGAAAACAUGAUUGCACAGGAGCUGGAAGAAAAAAAACACUGGGAAGACACUUGGUACCACUUUGCACCUCCCUUGCCCCAGCGGCAGAUCCAGGUAAUGGAUGGCGAUAGGUCUCCUGAAAUUACUGAGGCACAAACACUACAGGGUGUGAGCUCCUACACUCCUGAACAUGCCACAUCAACACAAAUUGUCCCAACCACCAUUUCUAUACUGUCGCAAGUCAAGUCUGUUAGCAGUGACUGGCAGAGUACAACAAAGGACAUUGCUACGUUCCAAAAAGAAGCAUCUUUGAAUUUGACGACCCAGACACUUUCAGACAGUCUAAAUGGGAAAGGCAGUGAUGACAGUAUGGAGGCAAAUACUGCUCUGGAUCAAGCCACAGUUAUAGUGCCAGGGCAUCCUGAGGACUUCACACCAUAUGGUGCCACUGUCCCUGCUGAUGAGGAGGUCAAUCCCCAUGUCACUCUAGCUGAUUCAAUCAUCACAACAAACCCACAGUUAUCACACCUGGAGAACAGAGGCGUGCACAUGGUUACACAAACUAUUCAGUCAAAUCAAACAGGUGAAGAAAUCAUAAACCCUACAAGGAUUCUGCCAGAUGUGCCAUCAGAGAUAACAUCAUCAAAGAGAGAUGAGCCAAAAAAAAGUCCCCUGGGGAGGAUUGGUGGUUUUCUAGGAUCAAUAAACGAGCCAGGGUUCUCUGGUUCUUUAGGCCCUUGUCUGCUGGGUUUGGGGGUCUGUGUGGCUCCAUCAGGGCCUGAUGGCACCAGCCUUCAGUGGGAAGACCUCAGCCGCACUCUGGCCUUUGCCUGGGAGCUGCAUGUGUUUGGCUGUGCUUCCCUAUUCCUGCUAUUGGUUGGUGGUGCCCUCUGGGGGAUAAAAAGUGCAUUUGGCCUGCUUCGUCCUUACUGUAUCGCCCUACCCCUGGCAAAUAUUUUGCUCCUGCUAGCAGGAGUAUUGAGGUGUGCUCACUUCCUGAUCGACCCCUAUGGUACACGGCAUAUUUUGCCACGGCCUGCCCUGUCCGCUCUGUACAACUUGCCACUUCCGCUUCUGCUGUGGGCACAGGCUGUGCUAGCGAUGAUUGUUUUGCGUGGACAGAGACUGAAUCUCCUGCCCCCUGCUCUGCAGUGCCCCCGAGUGACUGCAGGACUUGUGGCGCUCCACUGCUUCCUUCUCUUUGUGGCUGAUAUCCUCUCCCAGGCCCUGUCUCCUGCUCUGCCCCUGAUGCUACAGACUUUUUCGGUUUGCUGGGGCUUGCCUCUCUGCUUGGGUCUUCUCUUCCAAACCCUGAGCCCUCUUCAGUCGACCAGGACUCCUGUUCCACAGUGGACAGCGGCAAAGCGAGUCGAACACCGGGCAAGGCGAGUGUUUUCUUUAUGCGCUGUCUUGGGAGCACUAAGCUAUGCGUUUCAGAUCCACGGAAUCCUCUGGCUCUACGGCUUGCUUGGAAACUGGAGAAGCUUUGGCUGGGGCUGGUGGCUGUGUCAGUUCUUUGCACGGCUCUUGGAACUGACAUGGAGCUACUGCAUGCUCCUGCUGGCAUCUUGGCCUUUCUGGAGACCCAGGGGAAACAACCGCAGAGGCGAGGGGAGACCAGAGGCAACGCAACGGGGGAAGCUGGGUUCAUACUGGGACAGGAUGCUGGAGAACUUGCCCGGGGGACCAUGGGGGAUGCCAGACAGACACUGGGCAGAGCUUAUACCAAAUAACUGGGCAGCCCACCAGCGUGAGUGUGCAGACAUUAGCAGCUCCAUAAUCCAUAACCAUGAUGUGGUCACUACAUCUCAGGGUCAAAAGGACAGCAAUUCAGACAACAUAGGUAGCAUCUCCACCAACAGCACCAUGUGUGACUCCUACCCCACACCUUUGUGGUCACAUGGACAUGACUGGAGUGAGAGGGAUUGCAUCCUGUCCCUCAUUGAGUUUGACCUGUGUCCCCCGUCGCCCAUCAGUCUUACCCGCAGCAUUGACAAUGCACUUCAUUUUGACGACCUCCUGGGAUUAGGCAGCCUCUUCACGCCACCACCUCCAUCUUGGACUCAAGGCCUGGAGCCGUACUGCCCACAAGCAGGCAGCGCCACUGCCCCUGCCACACCCGCACACAUCGCCUACAGGUGGGCCCUGGAUGCUGGCUCCAGCCCUGUGCAGCCUCACUGCUUCAGGGGCUCGUCGCACCACUUCCAAACACCGCGGUCAGACGCCCAAUCUCCUCUGUCUACAACAGACCUUAGACUGCACUUAGAGGAGUCUGACCAGCCAAUGGAGCCCGGGAUACAGGGCGUCAUCGUUAUGGAGGACGACUGGAGCAGCGUGGGCAGUACAGAUGACAUCACCGACCUAUAGACUCCUGUAUGUGAUGCCAUUGGGACACCUGAGGGAUUUAAACUGCUUUGUGUCUUUCCCACUGAAUCAGAUUGAACUCUAG